UUUCCAACUGCAUUGCCCAAUGCCUUACUGUUUGUUCUGUCAGUUUUUUUCAGGAAGAUCCUCAUCUUGCAACUAGUAGGGCUGGUGCUAACUUACAACUUCUCUAACUGUGACUUUAACAAAAUUAGAGUGGAGUAUGACCAAAUCAUUUUUAGUGACCUGAAGAAAUAUAUGAAUGGGACCAAAAGCACCCAGUUCAACUACAACAUCUCCUGUAACAACCCGCCAGAUUGCCUCACUGAAAUCCAGCGCGUUACUUUCAGUCCCACCCACGGCUGCACGUCACUCCACAAGGAAAUGUUCGCGGUGAAAACUAAGGCUACCCUCACUCUGCAGUGCCCAGGCUACUCUGGAAUUCAGAUAAAUAAUACCCAGGCAAAGAAGAAUAGAAAGAAAAGAGAAGUCACAACAAACAAAUGCCUGAAACAAGCCUCGCAAUUACUAGGAUUGUGGCGUCGUUUCAGUCGAAUUAAAGGAAACAAAAGAAACCAUCUAAAUUACAGUCAUAUCUUGAAGCACCAAAGAGGCAUCUUCAUCCAUUCAAGUAGCCCAAGUAACCAGUUCCCUCCCCCAAACCUAGACAAAUACCCAAAGACGUGGGAAGAAGACAAACCAUGGCAACAAGUACGAGCCUCAAUGCUCAUCAUAGAAGAUAAUGGAAAAGGACAUCUAAAAUUCCUUCCUCCAGAAGACUUUGAUUCUCAUCUUGAUCAUGAAACCAAUAUUGUGCUUGGAAUGGCUACAUCCAUCUUGCAACCACAAGGAGAAGAUAUCACCUUGACAUCACCACAUCUGCAAGCACAAGGAGAAGAUAUCACCUCUAACAAUGGCAGAGUAGAAAGUUGGAAAGCAUCUGGGUCUGUGAUGACGCUGUUGAGCAAGUGA